UCCACUGCAAACAUGAUCUUUAAGGUAUCUGUGUUAGCCGCGCUCGCAGUGGCCGUCGCAGCCCGACCCGAGACUCCUUCCUACUCUCCUCCUACUCACGCAUCCCCUUCGUACUCGCCUCCCAGUCCAUCCUACAGCGCGCCCGUCCGCCCUUCUCCUUCCUACAAUGCUCCCGUCUAUGAAGAUGUUCCGCCCCAAUACAAUGCCCAGUAUAACGUAAACGAUGAAUAUUCUGGUAAUAACUAUGGGCAUCAGGAGGUCCGCGAUGGCUACAACACACAGGGAACGUACUACGUGCAGCUCCCCGACGGCCGUCUGCAGAAGGUCACCUAUUACGUCGAUAGCGAGUCUGGAUACGUGGCAGAGGUCACCUACGAAGGCGAGGCACAAUAUCCAGCUUACGAACCAUCUACGUCAUACCAACCCGCCCCAUCAUACCAACCUCCUUCAUCCCCAUCAUACGCCUAAAUUAUUAUCUUAUUUAUUGUACGAAUUAAACCUUGUAGUGACGAAAUAAGCGUUUGUUGGCCUAAAGCAGGUAUUCGUGUAAAUGCAUAAUAAUUGAAGAAAUGGUAAGCAAAUUCAAAUACUUUCAGUAUUAUAUCGUCACCUUGCGAUUGUACAAACGUAUAAACAUACCUUCACACUGAUAAGGAAGGUGUGUGAUGACAAAUGAA